UCGUGCUCGGCAGCACCCGGUCGACAUGUACCCAGAAGCGGAAGCGGCCUCACCUCCCAACCAAACCGUACUCCGCCUUCCCUCGCGCCGCCUUCCCCCUCUCGCGCCACAAGCCCCAAAGCAGGUGACCCCUGCGGGCGGCGGCGGCGGCGGCGAUGGCGGACGACGACUACACCGACAUGGACAUGGGGUAUGAGGAUGAGCCCCCAGAACCAGAGAUUGAGGAGGGGGCUGAGGAGGAGCUUGAGAACAACAAUGAGGAUGCUCCUGAUGAUGUUGUAGGGGCAGAAGUUGAAGACAAGGAACAGGAAAAGAAGGCACGCGAUCGGAAAACAUCAAAGUAUAUGACAAAGUAUGAGCGUGCACGCAUUCUUGGUACCCGUGCUUUGCAGAUUAGCAUGAAUGCUCCAGUUAUGGUCGAGCUUGAAGGGGAAACUGGUCCUCUUGAGAUCGCCAUGAAAGAACUGAGAGCACGCAAGAUCCCAUUCACAAUCAGACGAUAUUUACCGGAUGGAAGCUACGAGGACUGGGGUGUUGAUGAACUCAUCGUGGAGGACUCCGGGAAACGUCAAGUCGGUGGGGACUAAGAGCAUCUCCAAUAGUUCCCAAUAUAUUUUCUCCAAAUCUUAUUGUUUACCAACUCCCUAAAUAGGUAUAGGGAGUCAAAAUAAACUCCAUCUCCAAUAGUUUCCAAUUUGUAUUCCCUAAAAACAGAAAUCGUCGCGCCGCCCUUCCCUGCCUCGCGCCAGGACGUGACGCCGCCCUUCCCUGUGACGCUGCCCCUCGCUGAUUAUCGUGACGCAAGCUCAGCCGCCGGCCCUCUGAUCAGUGCGAGAACUGGCCUGCUGCUGCCGCCCCUGCCUCGCGAGCACCUCCUGCCGCCGCCCCUGCUGAUCGGCGCCGGCAGACAUUGUCUGGAGGAACAGGGGAGGAACACGUCAGGCAAGGAACAGGGCAGGCCACCAAUGGCCCAGCACGCCGGCAGGAAGGGCAGGGCGGCCAUACGCAGGCCUACGGCGGCGGCGACCACAGAACGCGUCUGCCUAUACCCAAUGCGAAGGCGACGAACACAUGCUACCGUAGGCCUAUGCCCAACACUGGAGAAAAUGGAAAAAACGGAUGGAAUUCUAUACCUGAACGGCGAUGGCGAUGGCGCGAAGGAGUGGCCGCGUGGGAAGAAGCCCGUGCGAGGGAGGAGGAUCGGGAGUUCGGAAGGCUGUGUAUUUUUACGCACAAGUGAGAUUAAUUUGGCAAUUGUUAGAAGAUGGGGAAUUAGGAUGGGAAACCAUUGGAGACUAUUUUUUUGACUUUUUCCAAAAAAUCAAAGAUGGAGAAGAGAAAUAUGGAACUA